UGGUCAGAAUAGAGUCCGCCUAAUGAAAUUCCCGUAACUACAUCAACUAUCGCACAAUUAUUAGCAUACGCUGAUACGGCAUGAUACUGAAGCUAGGUCAUAUGCAACGCACGAAGAUAGAAUGACAUCAAAGAAUGAUGAUUAUCCCAAAGUUACGUAUAAUGAAGGAGUUACUGCAAAACCAACCGGGAGCUCGGAGCACCAGCUUCUUAUGCAGGCAAUAAGUACAUGUGCCGGACAAUUAGUACAACAGCUUAUUCAAAAGAAUCCCCAGAUUGUCCAUGAAAGAGGUUGGCAUGGACAGACAGCAUUACAUAAAGCUUGUCUCAUCGGAGACUACUCAAUGUGUUUUAUCCUACUGGACAGUGGAGCUGAUCCAAAUGCUCCAAACGAUUUUGAUGAAACACCUCUACAUUAUGCCUGCAAAAGGGGUGUUCCAACUGUAAUACAUUUGCUAGUGCAAAAGGGAGGUAACUUGGAUUGUGUGGAUAAAAAUGGAAUGAACAUGUGUCAUCAUGCUGCUCAGACAGGAAGUGUCUUUGCUUUGAUUUACUUGUACACGUUAAGGCCAAGCUAUCCACACGUCAACAAAAAAUUCCAGCUUCCGCUCCAUAUAGCUUGUCACUUUGGACAUGUAGAUGCAUUUAGAUACCUUUUGAAAAAAGAAAAAAGUGAUCUGAAACAAGCUGAUGCUGAUGGAAACAACGUUUUACACAUUGCUGCCAGAGAGGGACACCAGGGAUUAUGUUGGGAUAUCCUGAAAACUUCAUGCGGUCAAGUCAUACAUGCUGAAAACAAUGAUGGCUAUACACCAGCAGAUCUGGCAUCUCAAAGGGACAAGUAUGGACACAAAGUUAUAGCUCCAAUCCUACGAGAUCUGAGGAAACACAAACCUUUAAAUUUCAUGGUGACCGAUCCAAGAUGGCUAUGGUACUGGACAUUACUAAAACCUUUCUUGAUUUAUCUGUUCCUCUUGAUAUUGAUAACUAUUUUUGAUGCAGCGUAUGGUGAAGGGUACCAAGGUUUCAUAAUGAUAGUGGGAAUAUGUUAUCUCUUGUGGACAAUGUCGAAAAACAUCCACAGACUUGAUCAUAUAAGCAGAAUGCCUAAUCCAAUAUUUGCUGGAGCAUUUGGUGCUGGUUUAGUACACACAACUGCACACUACUGGUUAUAUCUCAGUCCUCUUACUGGAAAUUACACCACUUUAAGUAUACUGUCUGUAAUACUAAUGAUAAUUACAUAUUAUAUGUAUUAUUUAUUAAUUACCAGAAAUCCAGGUGUAGUAACACAGUCCAAGUUUGAUUCAGUCGGUAACAGGAAGAUGACCAUUGUAGAUUUGUGUAUACCACAGCAAAAAUUGGACGACUAUUGUACAUUUUGUGAGAUUGUUAAACCAAUGAGAACAAAGCACUGUCGUUUAUGUGAGCAAUGUUUUGAAGAGAUGGAUCAUCACUGCCUGUUCCUUCUCAAAUGUGUGGCUAAAAACAACCAUGUCCUGUUCAUCUGGUUCCUGAUUGUUUGCGUCUUAUCAAUGAUCAUUUAUGAAAUUCAUAUCUCAAUAUACAUCUCCAUGGUAACAAUAGACAUUACAUGGGGUAGAAUACUUUAUAUUCUAUUUUAUGAUGAUGCUUGGACAUUUAGUCUAGCACUAGCUAAUGCAGUUUCAAUUUUAUGGGGGGUGAAUUUGAUCCGAUUCCAGUUAUCAGUAGUAUCAAAAGGACAGCUUACUGCCAUUCAUGUCUAUACUAAAAAGCAAAGUGCUCUCACAACUGAGGAAAAGUUUUGGAACAUUAUAAACUUUUUGAGAUUUAGACCACCAUAUGCAAAAGAUCCAUAUUUAGCAGCUCAAAACUUAAUUCAAGUAUAAUAUCUUCAUAAAAUAUCAAUUAAUUGGGUUUUUUAAAGUUCUGUAAAUUGUAUUGGUCUUCUUGUUGACCAACAUAGCAAGACAUCAUAACUAUUUUUGGCUGUUACAUGUAUUUGAACAUAAAUUUUUAUUCAUGACAGCAUUGUCAAAGUAUGAAUCAAAUGAGAGGAGAUGUGGGUAUACAUUUUUGAGACAGCAGCCCAACAAGACAAAUAACUAAAAGACAUAUAGAGGUCAAUACAGUCUUCAACAAUAAACAGUUGUCUGUACAAUAAUAUCAAUAACCAAAUUGUUCAGAGUUUAAAACAUUGUACAUGUAUAUAAAUUAAAAAGAAAAUAUCCAACAUCUGCCAUCAACACCAAAUUCUACAAAUAACAUAAAAAAAACAUUAGAUUUGACAUAAGAUAAAAAAAUGUGAAUAUGAUUGACACCUACUCUGAGAUCACUUUGGCCUAUUACCAAAAUAAAGUCAGAGUCUUGAUUCAGUAUACUUUGUAAAAUCUACUGGUACAGUACAUACAAGUUGAUUCAGUAAAAAAUCUUUCUUAGUGGUGAUUAUUCAAUGCUCAUGAUUGGUUGGGAUUCAAAAACCUCUUUGUAUAUUCAAUAGAUAUUAUAUGACAAGGUCAUAAAUCUAAGUGUUAUCACUCUAAAUCUCCAACAAGCACCCUGUUUCACUGUGUUUCACUAAAUGCCAGGAAGGGUGAUUUCUAAUAGUGUGUACUAAUCUAUGAAAUAGAAUGUGUUGAUGAUUUUAUCCAGACAGUCUGAUUUCCUACACAAGUAAUCAUGACGGCCAUGAAAGAUAGAAAUGUAUUUGGAAUCCCAACCAUAUUGGUAUUCAUGCUCACCAUGAGAUUUCCUAAUUGUUGAUAAUGAAUAUAUGCUAAAUUCUGAGCAUUUAUAUGUACACAUUAUACUGUCAUAAAAUUGUUAUAUAUAGUUUCUAUCACUGCUUUGAGUGUGAUAAGAUAUUUCUCCUUGCAAGACAAUGAAAUUUUCGGCAAGUCUUUUAUUUUAAACAUCUAAAAAUUUUUGUUGUUUUUAGGAUGAAGUAGAUUUUUGAAAAAUAUAAAUCUUGAGGGAAUAAUUUAUUUUUUUUUAAAGACAAAAUAACUUAUCCAAUAUUAAAAAAUAUCAAAGGCAAUAAUUAAUAUAAAGAUCUUAUCAAUAUUUUGAUAUUAACAAAAAUACCAAAGGCAGUAAAGGGAAAUACGGUCUCUCUUAAACACCAAGAAAUUAUCUAAAAGAAAUAUUUUACAUAUAACAUGAUUAAGGUGAUACAAAUUGUGAUAUUUUAUUUUAUGAAUAUAAUUUUACAGCAAAUAACUGUUUGUGCAGAUACAUGUCCCUUAAUGAUGUUUUUUUUUUAAUCCGCAAGCAAUAUUGUCUAGUCUGAUUAAAGCUUUAAAUUUUCUUAUCAAUUCUUUUAUUAUAAGGUAUUUAAAAUGACGAAAAGUUCAAGAAAAUGGCCAAAUCUGAUGUUUCUGCUUAUUAAUAACUUGAGUAUGCUUAAUGAAACUAUUAUACAUUAAUGAAAUUGCUGAAAACAACUUUAAAUACAUAAUACAAGGAACCUCUAUACACAGGUCCAGUUUGAAUUUCCUUCAUUUCACAGAUAUUCCUCCAAGGAGUUAUAAGAAUAAAUAGAUAAAGUUAUGUUCUAGUUCAAUCUCAACCUUAUUUUGCAUAUGGCUAAGUUUGUCUGACUCUCUCAUCUGAUUUGGCAGUGUUUUCUUUGUUUCAGGACACAUUCUUCUUUAUUUAAAAUGUCACUCCCUUUUAAAAGUUGAAAUGAUUUGACAAAUUUCUUCAAAUUUCAUCAGAUUCUAAGGAAAGCUGAUCAAAGUAUGAAUAAUAUAAAAUUGCAAAAAGAAGCAUUCAAUUUUAAAGUAAUGGCAAAUAUAACAUUCAUGCAAAAUGUAAAUUUAAAAGAUGUGAUAUACAAUGCAAGGGCUAUUGCAUCGGUAUUGUUGAACAAUAUUCCUGGUAGAAUAUUAAUUUCACUUACCAGUUUCCCAAGCAUUGGUGCAAUAACUCUAUAAUCCAACUCUGAAUCCAUUGUCUUCUGGUUUAAUCUGUCCUAUGGUUGCUGUCACAUAAGUCUUCUGGUUUAAUGAAUCCUUUGGGUUGCUGUCACAUAAAUCUUUUAUGUGUAAUUGGAAUUAUUUCUUAUUGUUUGUAUAAUAGUUUUUGUGUCAUCAUAUCCUUGACUUUUCCCCCAAUUGAUAGAAUUACACCAAUUUUGAAAGAUAAAGAAAACGAAGUUGACAAAGAAAUCAACAGUGUGAUAUGGAAAGUAGUAAUUGACUUGUUCUAUUUUAUCGCUAUUUUUAAAAAUUUUGCUUGAUCUUUUUGUGUGAUAAUUUUCAAUGUUAAGCUAUUCGAUCCACUGUGAUUUUUUUUCUCAAUCAGAGUGUGAACACAAUGACGUCAUAUGCCGAGGUCAUUAACAUUGCCUAGGAAAAUAGUGAUAGACAGAUUAUCUAUGAUCUUUCAGCUCAAGGAAAUUUCUGCGCUACAUCUCAUCUCAGGACUAUAGCCCUUCAAUGAGAUUGUAGCAAAGAAACUCCCUCUUGUUUUCAAAACCAUAGAUACCAUAUAAUAAUUGAAUAAUUUAAAAUAUACAUUGCAUAUAAAUUAGAAAAGUGUGGGGAAUUUAUGGGAAGUUAAUUUAUAAAUAGAAAUUGUAUCAAUAAAUUUGUAGCAUUUAUCAUGUGUAAACAUUUUCAAUACUUUUAUAGUUCUUCAUUGACAGUAAACUGUAUUUAGUUUGUAGUUUUUCUGUGUAUUUAUUUUAUAUUAUAAAAUCUAUUUUUGCAAUAAAGGUGUGAUAAACUA